CUUUGCUAUUUCCUCAGAUCUGAUUUUGAGGUGCUCCAUCAAUUCCAGCAUGAAAUAAGCAGUCCAAAGCAGUCUUACCUCAGCGUGCCCCUGUUAAGGACCCUCUGGUGGCUAAAGAGUCCAUCCACGGGACAUGUACGGCAGUGCCAGAGCUGUAGGCCAAAUAGAGAGCAGCCCCGCCCGGUCUCCGCGCCUGCCAAGGUCUCCGAGACUAGGCCAUCGGAGGGCCAAUAGCGGGAGCGGGGGUAGUGCCGGUGGAAAGACACUCUCCAUGGAGAACAUCCAGUCUCUCAACGCUGCCUAUGCCACGUCGGGGCCCAUGUACCUGAGCGACCACGAGGGCGUGGGCUCCACGGCUACGUACCCCAAAGGCACCUUGACUCUGGGCCGUGCUACCAGCCGGGCCAUGUACGGAGGCCGAGUCACAGCCAUGGGCAGCAGCCCCAACAUCGCUUCAGUGGGGCUGCCACACGCUGACCUCCUGUCUUACAGUGACCUGGGCUCUCUCUCCAUGCUGCACUCCCACCACCACCAGGGGGUGCCCUCUGCCUUGCUGAGGCAGGCAGUGCGGAGCAGCGGAGGUGAGCUGCUGGAGAUGCAGGCCCAGCUGAGGGAGAUGCAGAGGGAGAAUGAGAUGCUGCGCAGGGAGCUUGACCUGAAGGACAGCAAGUUGGGAUCUUCCACUAACAGCAUCAAGAGCUUCUGGAGCCCUGAGCUGAAAAAGGAGCGAAUAAUGCGCAAAGAAGAGGCGGCACGCACAUCAGUCCUUAAGGAGCAGAUGAGAGUUACUCAUGAGGAGAACCAGCUGCUGGAUGCCAGGAGAACCAAGCAUCUUCAGAUGACCAUUCAAGCUCUGCAAGAUGAACUUCGCACACAACGGGACCUCAACCACUUGCUGCAGCAAGAGAGCGGCAACCGCUCUGGUUCUGAACACUUCACCACCAUUGAGCUGACAGAGGAGAACUUCCGUCGGCUGCAGGCUGAACAUGACCGGCAGGCUAAGGAGCUGUUUUUGCUGAGAAAGACCCUGGAGGAGAUGGAGCUGAGGAUCGAGACCCAGAAACAAACACUGGGUGCCAGAGAUGAGUCCAUAAAGAAACUGCUGGAGAUGCUGCAGAGUAAAGGUCUGCCACCAGGGCCCGGCCGUGCAUCAGAAGAGGAGGAGCAGGAGAGAGCCAGGCGCAUUGCUGAGGCAGAGGCUCAGCUCGGACACCUGGAGGUCAUUCUAGAUCAGAAGGAGAAGGAGAACAUUCACCUGAGAGAGGAACUGCACAGGAGAAAUCAGCUACAUCAGGAUCCAAGCAAAACCAAGGCCCUGCAGACCAUCAUAGAGAUGAAAGACACCAAAAUUGCCUCCCUGGAGCGCAACAUACGGGAUUUGGAAGAUGAGAUCCAAAUGCUGAAGGCAAACGGCUUACUGAACACUGAGGACCGUGAAGAGGAGAUCAAGCAGAUGGAGGUCUACAAGAACCACUCAAAGUUUAUGAAGACAAAGAUUGACCAGCUGAAGCAGGAGUUGUCCAAGAAGGAGUCGGAGCUGUUGGCCCUGCAGACAAAGCUGGAGACCCUGAACAACCAGAACUCGGACUGCAAACAACAUAUCGAGGUGCUCAAAGAGUCGCUCACUGCCAAGGAGCAACGUGCUGCCAUUCUGCAAACGGAGGUGGAUGCUCUACGUCUGCGUUUGGAGGAGAAAGAAUCCUUUUUAAACAAGAAAACCAAACAGCUUCAAGAUCUUACGGAGGAGAAGGGCACACUAGCCGGAGAAAUUAGGGACAUGAAGGACAUGCUCGAAGUGAAAGAAAGGAAAAUUAAUGUUCUGCAGAAAAAGAUUGAGAACCUGCAGGAGCAGUUGCGGGACAAAGAUAAACAGCUGGGCAACCUAAAAGACCGGGUCAAAUCUCUGCAGACCGACUCCAGUAACACUGAUACUGCCCUGGCCACCCUGGAGGAGGCGCUGUCUGAGAAGGAGAGGAUUAUCGAGCGUUUAAAGGACCAAAGAGAGAGAGAAGACAGAGAACGCCUGGAGGAGGUCGACUCCUAUAAGAAAGAGAACAAGGAUCUCAAGGAGAAGGUCAACAGCCUGCAAAUAGAAUUAACAGAGAAGGAGUCAAGUCUUAUUGACCUGAAGGAGCAUGCGUCCUCCCUGGCAUCCUCCGGCCUAAAAAAGGAUUCAAAGCUCAAAUCAUUGGAGAUUGCCAUUGAGCAGAAGAAGGAGGAGUGUAGUAAGUUGGAGACACAGUUACAGAAGCAAGCUGAGCAACUAUUCAGUCAGAUGAACAAUCCUAAAGCCCAUGAGGUGGAGCAGCAGUCGGGAUCCAGAGGGAAUCCAGAAUAUGUAGACCGGGUGAAGCUGCUGGAAAAGGAAGUGAGCUACUGCAAGGAUGAGGCCAGUAAAGCUCAGACAGAGGUGGAGAGACUUUUGGACAUCUUACGAGAGGUGGAGACUGAAAAGAAUGAUAAGGACAAGAAGAUUGCUGAGCUGGAAAGUCUUGCUCCCAGACAAGGAGGCAAAGACCAGACUAAGAAGGGUCCAAGCAUCAAAUUGGGAACUCAAGGGGACAAGAAAGGCUUAGGACAGGACCCGCGUAGGGACGGCACCAUGGACAGCAGCCACCAUGUGAAGUUGGAGGAGCUGAUGGGCACCCUGGAGAGGACGAGGCAGGAGCUGGACGCCACCAAGCAGCGUCUGUCCUCCACACAGCAGUCUCUGCAGGAACGAGACACCCACCUCACCAAUAUGAGACAAGAGCGCAGGAAACAGCUGGAGGAGAUCCUGGAGAUGAAACAACAAGCUCUUCUGGCAGCCAUCAGUGAGAAAGAUGCGAACAUUGCAUUGCUGGAAUUGUCUGCCUCCAAUAAAAAGAAAACCCAAGAGGAGGUUCUGGCCCUCAAAAGGGAGCGAGACAAACUGAUGCACCAACUUAAACAGCACACACAAAGCAGAAUGAAGCUAAUAGCUGACAAUUAUGAAGAUGAGCAAUAUCACUCACAUGGUCCUCACCAUCCCCAGCCUCAAACCCCGCACCCUCAACCUCAACCUCAGCCCCAGACCCAGUACCCCCAUCCACCCCACGGCCAGCAAUCUCCUUAUCAACACGCUCCACAUCCGCAGCACCCACAGCCUCUUCCUCAGCACCCUCACCCACAGCUGGCACAGCCGCAGUACUCCCACCCUCCUCAUCAGCAGCACCCUCAGCACCCCCAACCACCUCCCCAACACCAACAGCACCCACGCACCCCACAGCCACAGCACCCGCACCAACCACACCCUCAGCAUCCCCAGCAGCACUCGCACGGGCAUCCACAGAUGCAGCACCCUCACCCUCAGCACCCACACGGGCCGCCGCAACAAGGUCCCCACCCACAGCAUUCACAUCCCCAGCAUCCUCAGCACCCACACCACGCCCAGCAUCCACGUCAUCCAUCACCUCACCAUCGUGGAGGACCAGUCCGAGGACCCCCCCAUGCUGGACACCGUCCUUCCCCAGACCAGGAUGAUGAAGAGGGAAUCUGGGCGUGAUCCUCGCUGUGACAACCAAAGCUGUAAUGUUGUUUUGAGGGAUGAUUCAGUCGCUACUGGAGGAGCGCAGCCAUACCAUGACGUCACUACGACUACACAAUCAUUUGUUUCCUCCACUCAGUCAACACUCAGCCAUGGAACCUUUGUUGUUUGUUUUUCCUUCACUGGGUAAGAGAAG